AGAGCCAGAUACUUUGACAAUGAAUUUUGACCAGAAAGCUGUGAAAUUCCUGGCGAAUUUUUACAUCAGUGGAGGCCAGCACUGGACUCAUGGUUCCCUGAGGCAGAGGCCACUUGUGCCAGCCCGGCCCAAGGCUAGUGUGUUCUUGUGGGGCCCCCAGUCAGGGGCCCCCGGGGAGAUGUGGCUCCCGAGAGUGCAGGAGCUCCAGGCUGGCCUCAGGAUGGAACCGGGCUUCCUCCAGGAGCGCCCGCCUAUCUGCGCCCAGAACCGGAGGGAGCUGUGGCUGGAACGACGCCCACCCAUCGUGACCGACCUGCAGACCCCCGGCCCCGCCAAGUACCCGGUGCCGGACGCUUCCGUGCGCGAGUCCUCCCCGCAUCCCCACUUCAGCAUCGGCCGCAGGCUCCGCACCCACAAGGGCGGUGGCCGCAGGGCGUGGCAGACCUUGUGGUUCCAGAGCGAAAGCCCCUUCACGCAGAAGGCCGACUUUAGCCAAGAGCAGAAGUGGCCGUCACCAGCGGACUACCAGCCACUCAGCUCGCUUGCCUUCCCGGCCUUCAGCUUUGGGGGCCGCCGCCCCUCUUCUAAGACAGUUGAGACCCCCGCCCGCCCGGGGCUGCCGCGGGCCGGGGGUGCGGGUCACCGUCCCCAGCCCCAGCUUCAGGGCCCUCCACAGGCCCCGCAGGGCGAGAAGCUUCCCGGCCCCAACACCUACGACAUCUUUCCUGGGUGCCGCCUGCAGAACCCGCGCCCGCCCGCCUUCUCCAUGAGCCGCUCUCCUGCGUUCGCCUCCUGGCUCAGUUCCCCCCGCAGUUCCGGCCCAGCUGCCCACCACGUGGAGGGUUGCUCUAAGUCGCGCUUUCCCGCGGCGCCGGGAGUGGUGAUCCAGGGUGUCCGAAGACCCAAGCGCCAUGACACGGGACCCUUCUGCACACUGUAGCGCCUCCUCGGCACAGCCGGCAACCCGCUUAUUCACAGUACCCUGGUUUCCUUGGGGGCCUUCCCAGGCCUGCCUGGAACUAAGGGCCUCCAGCUCGGCCUUUUGACUCUGUGGGUGCCUCUGACCCACCCUCCUGGCCGGCCAACCCCUCUGUGAGCUGCGGACAUUGAGGACAUUGAUGUCCAGCCCAAAAGCCAUCUACCCCCCCCCAAUACAGAGAUGCUGAAGGUUCUUCCCAA